AUGAAGAAAAAAACAAGGGAAGAAAUAAUACUAUUCUUAAAAUGGGUUGCGUGUAAAAAAUGUAUAUUAUCAGUUUUGGUGUUUAUAUGUUGCUUUUUAAUGAGCUUCAAUAUAUUUGAACCAAGAAUAGAAAUAAUAAAACUAGAUUGGUAUGUUAGAUAUCAUAGACAUUUAUCCGAAGUAUGUAGUGAUAAUAAUGAUAGGGGUGAAAGGAAAUUAUAUGAUAAGUAUCAUAAAUAUAAUAAGGAAAAAACUAAAGCAAAAUAUAAAGAUGAUAAAUUUAAUAAGAAAAAAAGAAAUAAAGAGAAUAAUGUAAGUGUGGAAAAAGAAGAAUGUGAAAGAUGUAUAUCCUUAAGAGAAAAUUAUAAUAAUAAAGAGAACAGAUCUUAUAAUGAAAAUGAAAAUAUUGUUAAUUUAGAAAAUAUAAAGUUAUGUGAUAAUACAACAUGGAAAUAUAAAAUAAAAAAGUUUAUAACAUGUUCAUAUAAUAGAAAUGAAGAUGAAAAGGUUGUAUAUAAUUGGAAACUAGGAAAAAAUAUUUUAGGUAAAAUGAUAAAUAGUACAGCAGAUUUUAGUAUUAAUGGUAUAAAUUAUAAAGAUUGGGAAUUAAAUACAAUAUCGGAUAUAGGUUAUUCACAAAACAAUCGUAGGAUUCAAAAAGUAUUUAAAACUGAAGUAAAAUCAAAGAAUGGUAAAAGUUCAAGUGUGAAAUUAUUUAUUAAAAUAGUACCUGCAUCUGUGUGGGUUCGACAAUUUAAUAUAUUAAAUGAACAUAAAGGAGAAUAUUUAUUAAGUGAAGAGAAUUUUGUUAUGGAAGCUAUUUCAUUAGCAUUUUUAAAUAAAUAUUAUCCAGGUAUUGCUCCAAAAUUUUAUGGUAUAUUAUAUGAGACAUGUGAUAAUAAUAAUGAUAAUAAUGUAGAUUCUUGUUUUUCUAGAGGUAAAUAUAAUAAUUUGAAAAAGUUAAAUCAUAUGUUGAAAUAUCAAUUACGAUUUAAUAAAAAGGCAAAUAUUAUUAUAAUCUCUGAAUUAUAUGGGGAAGAUAUUUAUAAAUAUGUACAGAAAAGAAGAAUGUUAGGUUUUCUAGGUAAUAGGACACAAGAGAAAAAAAAGAUUUUACAUGAAAGUUUAAAAUUAUUAACAAAAUUACAUGAAACUGGAUUAAGUCAUUUAGAUUUAUCUCCAGAAAAUAUAUUAAUAGGUAAGGAUUAUGAGUUAAGGUUAUGUGAUUUUGCAAAUACUGCUCCUAUAUAUACUUAUAAUAAUAGACAUGUAAAAGGUAAAAAAUGUUUACGUUAUUAUGAAUCUUAUCAACCAUGUAUAUCGAAGAUUCCUUUACUUCCACCAGAAUGUUGGAAUAUUGUUCGAAUACAUGAAAGUUUAAAAAUUAAUGACCCUUAUGAAUAUCUAAAAUCUAUUACUAAUCAAGAAGAAAGAAAACGUUUCUAUUAUAAUGUAACCAAUGCUGAUAAAUUUAUGUUAGGAGUAUUUUUUAUUUGGAUAUGGAAUAAUAGCUAUAUAUGGGAAUCUGCAGAUUCAUUUAAUGAUAGAACAUUUAGGAAUUUUGUAAAAUGUGGAAUGGAUCUUUAUAAUUUUGAAUUCACAUUUCACUGGCCGGAUGAUCUAAAGGAUAUAAUAAACCAAUUAUUAUCCUUGGAAAAUCGUGAGAAAUUAAACCUGAAGGAAUUAUGUAAUCAUCCUUGGUGGUUUAGAUGA